AUGGCCAACACCCUCCAGGACCGUGUGGCCAUCGUCACCGGUGGCUCUCGAGGCAUCGGAGCCGGCAUCGCCUAUGAGCUGGCUGUCCGAGGAGCCAACAUUCUCAUCACAUACAACAACGCCAGCACCCAGGCCGACGAGGUGCUUGCCAAAGUCAAGGCUUUGGGAAGAGAGGCCAUUGGUGUCCAGGCCGGCGGAAGUGACCGCACCGCCCCCAAGCGCAUCGUCGACGCCGCCGUGGCCAAAUGGGGCCACAUCGACAUCAUCAUCAACAACGCCGGCGCCGGCGAUGACAUCCUCCUCAAGGACCUCACGCACGAGUCCUGGGACAAGGUGUUCGACUGCAACCUUCGCUUCCCCACAUUCUUGGUCAAAGAAGCCAUCCCCUACUUCGGCACCGCCCCGCGCAUCGUCAACAUCUCCAGUGUCAUUGCCCGCAUGGGCGGUGCGUAUGCCACCCCCUAUUGUGCCACCAAGGCCGCCUUGGAGGGCGUGACCAAGGUCUGGGCCCAGGAACUCGGCCAGCAAUACGGCGCCACCGUCAACUGUGUCAACCCGGGUCCCGUCGCCACCGACAUGUGGUUGCGGGAUACCGACCCGGACGUGUUGAAGGAAUGGGAACCCAAGAUGAAGGAAACGCCCGCCGCUCCUCGUAUCGCCACCCCGGACGAUAUUGCGCAGAUUGUGGCCUUUUUGGCCGAGGAGAGGAGUCGCUGGUCAACGGGGAGCACGGUGAAUGCGAAUGGUGGUCUUUGCUUUGUGUAG